AUGUGGCACCGCACAGUAGCGCCCUACACAGCAAGUGAAGAUGACCUGUGUGUGUGUGUGUGUGUUACAGUCGGUGCUCCUUUCGGCAGCGUAAUGUACGAGUUUGUGGGUAAAAGCUCUCCGUUCCUCAUCCUCGCCUUCCUCGCUCUGUUUGAUGGAGCUCUCCAGCUUUGUAUCCUGCAGCCCUCUAAGAUAUCUCCUGGGAGUAUGGAGGGAACACCACUGCUGACUCUGCUGAAAGAUCCUUACAUACUCAUCAGCGCAGGAUCUUUGUGCUUUGCUAACAUGGGCGUGGCCAUUUUGGAGCCCACUCUCCCUAUAUGGAUGAUGCAGACCAUGUGUUCACCAAAAUGGCAGCUUGGGGUGGCUUUUCUACCAGCUAGCGUGUCUUACUUAAUUGGAACCAACCUGUUUGGCCUGCUGGCCAACAAAAUGGGCAGGUGGCUGUGCUCCAUGAUCGGCAUGGUCGUCGUCGGUGUCAGCCUCCUUUGUGUUCCUUUUGCUAAAAACAUCUACGGUCUGAUCGGACCCAAUGGAGGCCUCGGGUUCGCUAUCGGGAUGGUUGAUUCGUCCAUGAUGGCUAUAAUGGGCUACCUGGUGGAUAUCAGACACAUGUCUGUGUACGGCAGCGUGUACGCCAUAGCCGACGUGGCACUUUGUAUGGGGUUCGCUAUAGGUCCGUCUACAGGGGGCGCUUUAGUGCAGACGAUCGGCUUCCCGUAUCUGAUGGUGAUCAUUGGGGUGGUCAAUAUUCUUUAUGCGCCCCUGUGCUUCUUUCUUAAAAGCCCUGCUGCUUUGGAGGAGAAGAUGGCGAUUCUAAACCAGGAGUGUUCCAUGCAUGUGAAGAGCUACAACACAGAUCGUCAGUGUAGAGAGUUUCCUCUGAGUGACGAGAGUGACCCUGACCCUGAGGAGUAACACACACACACACACACACACACACACACACACACACACACACACACACACACACACACACACACACACAAGGCAAUGAAUCAAGAAAGUGUUCCUGUUGCCAAACUGAAGUGUUUUAUUCCUCUGCAAAUAGAUAGAAAUAGUCUUUUCUUCAUCUCUCUCUCUCUCUCUCUCUCUCUCUCUCUCUCUCUCUCUCUCUCUCUCUCUCUCUCUCUCUCUCACACACACACACACACACACUCACUGACACUGGAUACUCCUUCCGUAAAAGUCACUAUAUAAAGGAUUGUAGGUUUUUGUUUGUCGGAUAACUUUGUGUCGGUGUGUUACUGUGUUCUAGUUGUUACUAUAGAAACGAUGAAGUAUAUAAAUGUUUUUUUUGAAACACUUUUUGACCAAUCAGAAUGGAGUAUUCAUCAGGGCUGUACAAUAAUGUGACCUGUUCAGCUUACUUAAUGGCCAUGAUUCUAAUAAACACUUUGCUUCACA